UGAUACGGUGUUCACUAUUUUGUUAAGGAAUAAAUAAAUCUUUAUUUUUACAUCCAGACUCUUUACAAGAGAAAGAAAAUUUACUAUUAGAAUUCUGGAAUUGGUUGACCAAAACAUACAAGACCUUAAAAGUUCGACGGCUAUACAUCGGCCAAGAAAAUGCAGGAACUACCGGAUUAAACAGAGAAGUUAUAAUCCUUGUUAUUGACGAUUUCAGACUUAUAAAGGAAACUAAGUUCAACUACUACCAAAAUUCUUUUUCUAUUAUUUGCAAAUUAUUUAGAUUUCCAUCACCUGAAGGAGCAAAGAUUACAGGUAUGGAAAAAGAUAUUGAGUUUGAUGAAUCCCUUCAUCGAAAGAUUAGAAAAUGUAUACAGCAUAUCUCAUCUUCUCUUUUCGAGAAACACUCGAAUUUGGAAAUCAUCAGUGCAUCUUGUUUUCGAUCUAUGAAAAAUGGCAAAGAAAUUGUUCGAGAACCGUGUAUUGUGUUUUAUUGUGCUUGUAAAGGGGUUAUACCGUUUGGCGAAUCAGAAUUUCCGAAUUUUGUCAACGAUAUUCAAACUGACGUUAGGGAGGGAUUUUUUUUAUCAAUUUCCUAACGAUGGAUUUUUCAAGCGAUCCACAGAUGUACUAGAUCCGUUGAUGAUGGGUGGAAGUAUAAGCUCAAAGGAUUUCUUAAAAGGAGGAACACUUGGAGGGUUCGUAACUUUAAAUAACGGGGAUGUAGGAUUCAUUACCUGUGCUCAUGUACUCUUCAAUCUAUCAACCCAAUGUGAUAAAAGAGCUCAUUUUGAUGUAGUGCAACCAGCAUAUAGUUAUAACAAUACCAACAAUGUUUGCGGUGUUCAUCAAUCAUCCUGUUUUCCCAACACUCAAUUCCAAAACUGUACACUUGACGUUUCCCUUGUGAAACUAACAACUCGAAUACCUGAAAGAGGGCUGUUUUCAGACUUAAGCGUUGAAGACCUGCUUGAAAAUGGAUUUAACAUUGAAAAUCUUCCUGAAUAUAGUGAGGGUACUAUACGGGAUUAUCGCCAGGAGCACUUUGCCCAUCUACGAGAUCCUUGUUUUAAAUGGGGAGCAAAAACUGGAUUUACAAAAGGUGCACUACGUUUAAACGGAAUAUCUGUCAGAUGGACUGACGAUGUAAUAGAUCUAGGUAAACCAUCAUCUCAGUGUUCGUAUGUGUACCAUUCCCAGCUGGAAUGUUUGGGAACCGGUACAUCUUUUGCCCUUCCUGGAGAUUCUGGUGCAUUCGUUUUCCAGCUUGAUCCAAUGGCAACCAAAGAGGACCAGCAUCGCUUUCACUGCAUUGGAAUGAUUGUGGGCGGCACAUCGGAUUUCAAAACAAUUGUAACUCCAAUUGGACCCAUACUCGAAGCUUUUAACGUUAAAAUGCACGCAUUUCCUCAAGAGAAAAUGGAUGAAUCUUAAAAAUAUAAUGUUGAAUAAUGUGCAUAUUUUGUUAUCUUAAAGUAAUUAAAAUGUUCAAAAAGUAACACGGUUUUCAAAUUUCGAUUGAAACAUAUACUUUUGAACUGAAUCACUACUUUUAUACUAACAUCUAAUUUAGUGUACUAUAGACUUACUAUGAUGUAUCAUGAUGUGCUGUUGUAAAAUUUUAAGUACUUACCCAAACAAACUAUAAUCAGUUGAAAAUAUGAAAACACAUUCAUCUGGGA